AUGGGUUGUGUAAACACAAAGGGUAGAAGUUAGUCAAGCAGUAUAUCAUCAUUUGAUGUUGAACCUAGAAACCCAAAAUAUUUGGCAUUUUCAAAUAAAUACAAAAAUGGAAUACCUCAAUUGUAGAAUGUAAUACAUCUUUUAAUCGUAGAUUUCACUAAGCACUAUACUUUAAAGAAGGAAAAAACUUGCUAAAAAUUCCGUCUGA